CAGGUGAUUGUUGGUUAGCGCCGUGGUUGCUGUUGCUGGUUGGUUAGUACCCCGUCAGCGGCCGAGCUGACAGCGUGUACCAUGUGGUGUGUUCCUUGAAGGGUUCUGGCAGCUUGUCUAAUUAAUGUUACCAUCUGUGAGCAACUAAAAGCUUUGACCUCUCGUGUGCGGUUGAGGGUGUUGACCUGAAAUACCUUGACCUGACCUGACUACUAGAUCACCAUGAGCCACGACCACCUAGGUCAUGCGGCCACAGGUGACCCGAAUCACCUAUCUCCAGGUGGUAUGGAGGGACACGAGUCACCAGUGUCUUCCAUCCUCGACACCAUCAUAGGCAGCCAGCAGACCGAGCUGCUGGAGAUGCUGCACGUCCCGGUGCUGCACACAGGGGUCAAUGAGGUACUGCUUCUGUCCAGUUUCACCACUAAUUCUCCUGGUGCCCUCGCCUUUGCCUGCUUCCUGCUCGUCAUCUUUGCCAUCUUGCUGGAAGUGUUGAGGUUAUUGCUAUGGUGGGCGGAGAACAAGUUCAUGACGGGCGGAGAGACUGCUCGGGCUUCCUGCGACUGUAAACAUUGCACCAGCUUGACCGUGAGUUUGCCAGGUGCAGGAGAUCGCAAGAACUACAGUGCCAUCCACGACACACAGGACUCAACCGAAUCCAGCAACACCCUGACGACCCAACCAUCCCCUAUGUCUUCCUCUAUCAGACAUAUGUUUUUGGGGACUGCCGGCUUACUGCAGUUUGUGAUACACGUUGCGUCUUUACUGUUCAUGCUGAUCGCCAUGACUAUGAACGUAUACAUCAUUCUCUCUCUGGGGGUGGGUUCUGCCCUGGGUAAGGUGAUCACCAUCAUUGCCCGUAAGAUCCUGCUGGAAAAAUGUCAGGCUGUUGGCUCAGGUGAUGAUAAUGGCCAUGGUGCACCAGCUGGGCCCAUGUUAACUCGUUCCUGUGACAAAAACAUUUAAUUCCUGCAGCUGAUGUAAUCCUGCCCACAGCAGCUAACACCAUCAUCUUGUGAUCAGACAACUCACUUAUGAACACCCCUUGUAGAAAUUGUUAAUUAUGUUUAAUUUACAAUUUAAGUUGUCAUCUUGAAUAAAAAAUAGUAGCUACUCAUCAUCACUAUUCAUGGACUGGUAGAUGUCUGGGCUCUGGUCAGUCCAUAAGAUUUACUGAAUAUGGAAAUUACAUAAAAUAAACCAGAUUCAUAAACAUAUAAGUUCUCUAAAUAUAUUAAGUUAGUUAUUUAGUAAGGACCAUAAAAUGCCUUUCAAGUUGAAAACUAAUAUUUAGCUUGACCAUCUUCCUGCACAUGAUUUCAUCCAUGAUGUACUUCAUAGGAUCAUCUGAGGACCUGAGUUUUGGUUGAGACGCCCUCCUGUAGGUCCAACUCGAAUAAUUACAUGUUCGACCUCAGAUGACCCACACAGUUUCAAGUGAACCACACACUCAUUUUAAAGCAAUCCACACACACUUAAUCUAAAGUUAUCCACACUCGACCUAAACUGAUCAAACUACCCAAAAUAAUUUCCUUACAUGCAUUUAUACCAGUCAGGUAUAUAUAACAUACCAGACUGUGUGACCAUAACGACACCUCAUAAAUUAUAUUAUACCAAAUUUGUCCUCUCUUCUCUUGGUAUCAGCCACACUUAGUUCAUCUAUACUAAGAAUUGAACAGCUGAUGUUUAACCUGUGUCAAGUUGUUAUAUCUAAGUUAUGUUUUGGUGACCACAUACAUACUUUAUAUGUACCUUCCUUAUAUCUACAUGGCUUUCAGUUAAACUUGUUUGCCCAUAAUAUUUAGGUUUUUGCAAACAUGUACAUAUUUUUAUAAACAAAUGUAAGUAUUUCUACUCUAGAAUGGAUGUAGAGUACAGUACAUUAUAGGCCACGUGUUAUAGUAUAUAUAAAUUUGAGAAAAGAAGAAAUUUGUUAAUCAUUUCCUUGGGAUUAUUUUAGCUCCUGUUUAUAAAGUAAAGAUGAGGAAGCCAUAU